GGAAACGGUCUCGCGGGCGCAGUCACGAGGAGAGAUUCUGCGAGUGAAGGUCGCGCGCGUUUUGUCAGUGCACGCAGUCAUACAGGAGCUCGUGUCCGAACAGUGUUGUACAGCGCGAUCUGGCUUUAUUACACACCACAGCGAACCAGACGGCGGGGGAACCGGGGAUAUUUUCUACAAGUUUUUCUUUUGUGGUGUUUUUUUGAAUUUUUUUUUUUUUAAUACGGAUUGUGUUUGAGCUCGUGGCCGCAGAGAUGAUGGUCGGGGAGAUCGAAGUGAAGGAGAGACCGAGGCCGAGUCCUGACUAUCUCAUGCAGUUACUGAACGAGAAGAAGCUCAUGACCAGUCUGCCGAACCUGUGCGGGAUCUUCACACACCUGGAGAGACUGCUGGAUGAAGAGAUCAACAGAGUGCGUAAGGACAUGUACAACGACACAGUGAGCGGUUUGGUAGACAAACAUCCUCUGGAGCUUCCCGAGGCUCACGGCCCCAUCAUCCAUCUACAGGAGAAACUGUUCGUCCCUGUCAAAGAAUACCCUGAUUAUAAUUUCGUAGGCCGGAUUCUGGGGCCACGAGGUCUCACGGCGAAGCAGCUGGAGGCAGAAACCGGCUGCAAGAUCAUGGUCCGAGGAAAGAGCUCCAUGAGGGACAAAAAGAAGGAGGAGCAGAACCGAGGGAAGCCCAACUGGGAGCAUCUGAACGAAGACCUGCACGUCCUCAUCACUGUGGAGGACACGCAGGCACGAGCCGAGAUCAAGAUGAGGAGAGCCGUGGAGGAGGUGAAGAAGCUCCUGGUGCCUGCGGCGGAAGGAGAAGACAACCUGAAGAAGAUGCAGCUGAUGGAGUUAGCCAUCUUAAACGGAACCUACAGAGACACCAAUAUUAAAGCUCCGAACCUUGCGUUCUCUCUUGCAGCGGCGGCCGCAGCGGCUCAAGGCCCUCGGCUCAUUGCCGCCCCCACCGGUCAGGUACUCCCUCCUUCAGCUCUGCGCCCCCCGACCCCGGCCGGCACGCCCAUCAUGAACCUCAUCCGUCCCGCGCAGAUGCCCGCCAUGCUGCCCAAUGGCACCCCGACGCUGGUGCCCCCUUCGCCUGACGCAGGCAUCAUCUACGCCACGCCCUACGACUACCCGUACGCCCUGGCAGCGCCCACCUCUCUCCUGGAGUACCCCAUCGAGCACGGAGGCGUCCUAGGUAAGCGGGCGUGGGGGCUCGGUGCUUCAGGCUUCGGCGGGCAUCAGGACGGCGCCGCCGCAAUGUUUUACGGGGGCAGCUUGGACAUGAUGAUGCCAAGCCCUGCCCAGGACUUAGUCCAAGGUGCAAUGGCUACUAAAGUGCGGAGACAUGACUCACGGGUCCAUCCUUACCAAAGGAUAGUGACCGCAGACAGAGCCGCCACCGGCAACUAACAAAUGACCUCUGACCUCUGAACUCUUCACCCAAUGAUGAGCCGCCCCAAGCCUGCCUGCUGAUCAGAUUAACUGGUAAUUGCCUUUUGCUAGCCUGUUGGACGCUGAGAAAACGAGAGGCAUCUGUGACCCUAACACACACAACUACACAAGAAAUCAAACGCCUACAACCCAACAACGUUGUGAUGAAUUCUUUUUUUUUUUUUUUUUUUUAAAUAAAUGACGGGCGUUUUGUUUAUUGACUGUAACAACACUUUUUUUUUCCUUUCUUUUUUUUUUAAUUUGUCCCACUUCCUGCUCGUUUCUUUCUUUUUUUCUUUUUCAGUCCCUGAUUUACUUCAUUUGGGUGAUUUUUUUUUUUUUGCUCUUUUGGUAGCAAAAAAAAAAAUCUGCACUGAGUUAAUAAUAAGCAAUAAAAAAAAAAACUCAUUAUUAUUUUCUCCCUUAUCUGCACAUCCCCCUUUAGUGCGCUUUCGAUAAUUCGGAACGAUCCGUGGCGCAGAUUCAACGGACAUCUAAAAAUAUACAUAUAUAUAUAUUAUAAUAAUAAAAAAUGGAAAAAAAUUCUAGGUAGUUUAAAAAAAAAAGGAAGAAGGAAAGAAACCCACUCACAAACAUGUUCUGUGUCAUUGUCGUGUGUAGCAAUGUUUUUUGUUUUUUUUCCUCUCUCCCCAUUUUGCUUUGUUUUGUUUUGUUCUUUCAUCUGUUACCAGUUUCACAAUGCUGACACAUUCUGGGUGCGCCUGUCAAGCUCACACCGAGUGCAUGGCUAAAACCACGGACGCUUGUGGGUGGGGCGGGCGGGGGAGGGGUGGACUGCCUUUUUUUUUUUUUUUUUUCUCCAUUUCAUUUUUUACUUUUGUGUGUGUGUGUGUGUGUGUGUGUGAUGGCAGAGAGCAGCGUAACUGUAGCUGCAGUACCGGGUGCCGUGUGGCAGAUUUUUGGGUUUCGAAGAGUUUUCCGGAGAAUUCUCAGUAAUCUUAAGUCUAGGAUGUUUGUGGCUGCGGUGAUUUUGGGCAGGGAGAGUUUCGUUACUCACCUACGCCACCCCAGACAUCCCCAGCCUCGAAAAAUACAGUGCCUGAAGUUUCUAAAAUGUAUUUUUAUUUUUGAUUUUUUAUUUUUUUGAAUGAGCUGUGAGACAACAGACAAAAAAAAAAAAUAAAAACCAAGUAUUACGUGUGCGUAUUUAGCCAAAGGGUCACAAUUUGAUCAGAUGCUCGACGACGUGCGUUAGGCCUUCGAUCGUCCGUGUGGUUGUUUGGGGGGGGAUUUCUUCUUCUUUUUUUUUUGGUUUUUUUUUGGUUUUUUUUUUCUGUUCUUUUUUCCUAGUCUAGACUACGGAAAGUCGUGUGAUGUGCCUGUGUACGUUUGACAUCCAGCCAAAUCGCAUGAAAUAGACAAUAAUCUCUCAGCCGCCGUGCUUUAGUCUCGCCGAACUCGAACAAACGCCAGAAACACUACGUCACCGAGAAUUAGAGAACAAAGGAUUUCUGUACAUACCUGCAUUUAUAUAUAUAUAUACAUACACAUAUAAAUAAAGGACAUAUUUUUUUCCCUUCAUUUUUCUCUCUUCCCAACACCCCCCCCCUUUAUUUUUCCUUUUUUUUUUCUUUUUUUUAUUGUUCAUAAUUCUAAAUUCUUUACAUUUUUAUCUAAAAUUGGGGCGUCAUGGAAGAUUUUUUUCUCUUACACUAUGGGAUGGACCUCGAUUUAUUUUUCGAUCGAUGAGGGGGGGGGGCACAACGCUCAUCCACAAUGUGUCCCGCACAAUUAUUAUUUUUUAAAAAGACAUCAGUCCACAGUACCAUAGGUUCCAUAGAAGCCCAACCCAACUCUUUCUCAAGAAAAAAAACAAAAACAAACUAGGAUGUGAAAGCCAUGCCUGCCUGUUCAAAUUGCUUUAUACAUACACGAUCUAUAUAAAUAUAUAUAUUAAAAACAAAAUGUAUACAAAUGUAGAUAAUGUCAUUGCAUAUGAAAAUGCUGAAACGAUCAAAAAUUAGAUACUUUUACAGGGUGCUGGAGAAGAGAUAUAUUUUUGGCAAUUUUAGCUUUUUAUACUUAACUUGCAGUUACAAAAUGUACAAAAAAUGAAGAAAAAAAAAUACGAAGGAAGGAAGAUCUUUUGCUUAUUGGCGAUGAAAACCAAGAACCUUUUGGAGUAUUUCUAGUUCUAAGCAUUAAGAGGGAAGUCAUUUGUAAAAGGGGGGGAAAAAGUGCCUUAUUGAUAGUUUGGGGUUUUUUGUUGUUGUUGGUUUUUUUUUUUUCUUCCUUUGUUUUGAUUUUGCUCGUUUUGUUGUUUUUCUUCUACUUUUUUCUCUUUUUUUUUCUUUCUCCGAGUUACAUUGUGUCGAGUGAUAUCGUGCGACAGCGAAAGCGAUCGAGAAGGUGAAAGAGGAAGCGUGAUGAAGUGUAGAGUUCGAUUGUCGCCCAGCUGUGCCACUCAAAUCUACUCUAUGCAAAGAACAACAACAAAAAAAAAAAAAACGAAAGAAGGAGGAAAAAAAACGAAACGGAAAAAAAAAUAGCCGUCAUUCGACCAGCUAACAAUGUGCCAUGAUUUGUCUUCCCAAGAUUAGGUUUAUAUCUCUCUCUCUCUCUCUCUCUCUCUCUCUCUCUCUCUCUCUCUCUCUCUCUUUCUCUCUCUCUCAUUCUCUCUCUCUCCUCUUUUUGCCAUUGGAACAAAAGAUCUCUCUCAUUUUUCCGGUCUGUGUCUGUAUUGUUACUGUUUAAAGCAAGCUGCCAUUUAAAAUUUGUAAAGCUUGAGCAAAAAAAGCUAAAAAAUAAUAAUAAUAAUUUUUCUCCCUUUUCUGAGAUUCUGUAAAGCUUCGAGCUUGUUUUUACACGAAGCCUCUCAGAAAUCAGAGCCCAGUCCUCAGCAUUUGAACAAUAGGAGUUUAAUUGCAUUACGGGCCCCAAAAAUAAAACUAAAAAAAUCUCUAUAUGGCAGCCUGCUUCACUGUAAAGCUGUUACACAGGGAAAAGGUCAAGCUUUUAUUUCUCUCUUCAGUCUCUCUCCGUCUGUCUCUCUCUUUUUCUCUCACUCUCAGUCUCUCUCUUUUUCUCUCACUCUCAGUCUCUCUCCGUCUGUCUCUCUCUCUCUCUGUUUCUCUCUGUCAGUCUCUCUCUCUCCCUCUCUCUCUCUCUCUCUCUCUGUUUGUAAUGAAAUGCAAUAUCAGACCGGAGCUUGGAGAAGACGGCCCUGAUUUCAUAAGCAGUAUUAGGUGAAAUGCCCUCCGCGAUGUUACUACAUGCCGUCGGUCAUUGUUUUAAGGUCGAUUUAGUCCAUCAGGUUUAUAGAGAAAAUCUCUUGUAUUCUCUCCUGCCUGCCUACUAUAUGUAUAAUAAUGUAAUUUACAAUCAUUGUUACAGGUUUCUAAUGUAUUUUUCUAACUCCAUUUUAUAUGUAUAUUAUAAAUCACUCUUCUGCCUGUUUUUUUGUUUUGUUUUGUUUUUUUUUAAUAAUAAUAAUAAUGCCCACUACAUUUAUUUUUAUUUUAAUUAUGAACUCACCUCUUUUGCUGUCUUACUCAGAAACCCAAGUCUCUCCUGUUGGGAGCUUUGCCUUUCCAACACAUUAUAUUUAAUUUCCUUGCCGAUCUUUAGCUUGUUUAACUCAUUAGCGACUAUAUUAGUUUUCCUUGUCAAGAUUUUAUUUACAUGCUUGCAUUUAGUUUUUCAUGGUGUAUGCUGUUAUUUUCUUAUUAACCCCCCUUGCCAUUUAUUUUAAUAAAAUAUUCUUAGUAAGAAUUUUA